UUCUUGGACACCGUUCUCACGACGAGGAUGCCGACCUAGACAGGAUCGCGAGCCGUGUGCUGAGCUCGCGCGAUCGCGAGUACGCUGACCAGCGAGUCGAGUUCAGGGCGCGACCAAAGCAGAUGGGCCGCGCAUCCAAGCUCGAAAAGAUGGGCAUGGUGAGUCAAUUCUCGAGCUGCUCCACCCUCAAUCGUAUGCUCAUGCUGCUGCUGUUCAAAUUUUCUCUUGAACAGGCCCAGACUGCCAUGGCGUCGGGAUCGGAAGACGACUUGUUUGAGAAGCUGUCGUCGGCCAGCCGGCGCUUGGAGGGACAGGACGCUGUGAUGCGACCCAAGAACGGGCGCCGGUCGAUGGACAUGCUCACUCAGACGCACAAGCGCGGCAGCGCCUCGCUGCCACUCAGCAGCCGCGACCUCGUGCGGGCGAGAGCAGCAGGCGCAGAUGGCAACGACGCUGACAGCAAGUGGCAGACACAGACCAUCGGUGACUUUUCCGACAAUACACUAGCGACACAGGUUGCCAGUGGCAUGGCGGGCGCCAGCUCGGCCCAUCUAGAAGGUGGAGCAGGGGACGACCUCGUCGGCAACGAUGGCGAUUCGGAUGACUUUUACGUUGGGCAGCCCACGAGUAAGUGGGUCCAAACCCAUGCUCCCUCCUCCUCCUCCUCUUCUCCGCAGGGCAAAGCCGCUAACGGUGCUGCUGCUGCUUCGUACAGGCCAAGCAGUCUAGCAUUGCAUGCAGGAAGGGAGGAGGCAGGUGUGGAAGUGCAGGAACGCAAAGAGGACAGCGAGGAAUGUCAAUGGCAUUAUAUCUGCGAGACGCAGGCCAGACUGGGGACCAUGACAAUAUCGCUCUGGCGAGAGCAGGACGUCGAAGAGACUCACUGGCGAUUCGAGGUCGAUGCGUCCGGAGAGCACAUAGAGUUGACGGGCGAUGAUGGCGGCGGAAAAGAUCGACGGAAGGUACUUUGCUACCCGCUCUCCUCUAGAGGGACGCCUGGCCAGGGAACCAUGACGCCCAAGGAGGAUCAUAGGAGCGCGAAGGUAUCAGUAUCGACUGCGGCCACGGACGAAGAGCGACCUGAUGCUUUUGCGGAGGCGCCUCUGAGCGCCAGUAUGCUCGAGUCGAGCCGUACGAAGAGCCUCGUCUGCACGUCGUGCCUCGAAACCGUCGUCGAUCUGCAGAGUGUCUCGCGCUUUGUCGCGCUCCCCUCGCAGCAUUGGGAAGAGCUCAUCGACGCAUGGAUGUGCCAUGGCGACCAGGAAAUCAACGUCGGUCUGAUCCAAGCCCACAAGGACAUGGACGAAUCAAAGCCGGUCCAGGUCGGCGAGGUCCGCGUGUCGGACUCGCAAUUGACGCUCAACGGCGUCAAUGCCGUCGCCGGGAAGAUCGACAUUGUCACCUCUACGUCGCCCCUGGAGGUAAGUGUUGGCCGCUUCGCUCGAGCGGAGAGGAUUGGCACGAACGGACUGCACAGAAAAGUCGUCAUCUUGUGGUGCGCGCUUGCUCUUGCCGAAGUGGUGGCACGCCUUGUCGCGUGUAUCUCCUGAUGUUGAAUGGGCAAACCGCCAGGGCGACCUUGGCCAGGUAUGUCCUUCCGUCAUUGAGAUAUGCUGUGAGCACGGUCCGUUCCAUCUUUGGGUUUUACAAGGGUACGCGCGGGAGAAGGCUGAGUAGCGCAGAGACGCGGCUUGGCUGGGGUGUUGGAAGGAGACCUUAGAUCUCUCC